CUCGGGCAGCGGCGCCUCGGCCCCCUGCACGCCCGCCUCCCCCCUGAGAGGCCGCGCCUGGGCUCUGCGGGGCCGCGCACGGCGGAAGGUGGACACAGGGCCGGGCGGCGCGGUAGGACUCCGCGCCUACGCGCCAGUAUUGUGCUGGCGCGGCGGGACUGGGAGUCCUGGGCACCACAAGCAGCCUCUUCUUUCCGAGUUGGGCUCACGAUGGCGGCAGCUGCCCUAGCGGAGGUGAGCAGCCCCGGCAGUAGCAGCAGCGAUACCUCCAGCACGGAAGAGGAGGAGCGCCUCUUCCAGACCUGUGACGGCGACGGAGACGGCUUCAUCAGCAGGAAUGACUUGCUGAUGGUGUGCCACCAGUUGAAUAUGGAGGAAUCCGUUAUGGAGAUCAUGCACCAGCUGGGAGCAGAUGAAAAUGGAAAAAUUUCCUUCCAGGAUUUUAGUCAGUGCCGCAUGGAACUGAUACGAGAAAUCAGGAAGGAGGAAGUGGAACUUUCUGUGAUAUCGGAUGACUUUUUUAAAAAGAAAAAGUUAAGGGAUAGGAUAGCUUCCUGGCCAACUAGCAGCAAUAACAAUUUAGGUGCCUUAUCAGGAGCCAGAGAAAGCUGGGAGUAUGAUUCAGGAACAAGAGACCUUCAGAAUCCAGACAUCCAGAGUCAUUUUACUCUACAAAAAGUGUUGGAGUAUGGUGGAAGCGAUGUGACUCAACAGGCUGUUCUGCAAAGACUUCUAGCUCAGGCCUCAAAUUUUAGCAGCUCUGCUGGAGGAAGCUGCUUAGAACUUGCCAACACUCUUCAUUUGGCAGCCCUGGCUUCAUUAAAGGGAGACAUUGUGGAGCUUAAUAAACGUCUGCAGCAAACAGAAAGGGAACGUGACGUAUUGGAAAAGAAAUUGGCAAAAGCACAGUGUGAGCAGUCCCACCUAAUGAGACAGCACGAAGAUGUGCAGGAGCGAACAACACUACGCUACGAGGAGCGCAUCACAGAGCUGCACAGUAUCAUUGCUGAGUUAAAUAAGAAAAUUGAUCGACUACAGGGAACGACAAUAAGGGAGGAAGAUGAGUAUUCAGAACUGCGAUCAGAGCUCAGCCGAAGCCAGCAUGAGGUUAACGAAGACUCAUGCAGCAUGGACCAGAAUUCUGUUUCAGUACCAGAGAAUCAGUCCACCAUGGUCACUGCAGACAUGGAUAACUGCAGUGACUUGAAUUCAGAACUGCAAAGAGUGCUGACAGGUCUGGAAAAUGUUGUAUGUGGGAGGAAGAAAAGCAGCUGCAGUUUAUCAGUAGCAGAAGUGGAUAGACAUAUUGAACAACUCACUACUGCCAGUGAACAUUGUGAUUUAGCCAUUAAGACCGUAGAAGAGAUUGAGGGUGUACUGGGACGUGACCUUUAUCCAAAUCUGUCUGAGGAAAGAUCUCGAUGGGAAAAGGAGCUAGCUGGCUUGCGAGAAGAGAAUGAGAGCCUCACAGCCAUGCUGUGCAGCAAAGAGGAGGAGCUGAACAGAACCAAGGCCACCAUGAACGCUAUUCGUGAAGAAAGGGACAGACUCCGUAGAAGGGUUCGAGAACUGCAGACGCGUUUGCAAAGUGUGCAGGCAACAGGCCCAUCCAGCCCAAGUCGUCUCACUUCUGCCAACCGACCCAUUAACCCCAGCACAGGAGAGCUGAGUACAAGCAGCAGUAGCAAUGACAUUCCUAUAGCUAAGAUUGCUGAGAGAGUGAAGUUGUCAAAGACAAGAUCAGAGUCUUCAUCAUCUGAUAGACCUGUCUUAGGAUCAGAAAUCAGCAGCAUAGGGGUUUCUAGUACUGUGGCAGAACAUUUGGCACAUUCCCUCCAAGACUGCUCAAAUAUCCAGGAAAUCUUCCAGACCCUUUAUUCACAUGGAUCUGCUAUCUCUGAAAGCAAAAUCCGUGAGUUUGAAGUGGAAACAGAGAGAUUAAAUAGCCGUAUUGAGCACUUGAAAUCCCAGAAUGACUUGUUGACAAUAACACUGGAAGAGUGCAAGAGCAACGCUGAGAGGAUGAGCAUGCUCGUUGGGAAGUAUGAGUCCAAUGCCACAGCCCUCAGGCUUGCUUUGCAGUACAGUGAGCAGUGCAUAGAAGCGUAUGAGCUGCUCUUGGCAUUGGCAGAAAGUGAACAGAGUCUCAUUCUUGGGCAGUUCAGAGCUGCAGGUGUUGGUUCUGUUGGGGACCAGACAGGUGAUGAAAACAUCACUCAGAUGCUUAAGAGAGCUCAUGACUGCAGGAAGACAGCUGAGAAUGCAGCAAAGGCCUUGCUGAUGAAGCUAGAUGGGAGCUGCGGGGGAGCCUAUGCAGUCACCGGCUGCAGUGUGCAGCCCUGGGAAAGCCUGUCAUCCAACAGCCACACAAGUACUACCAGCUCAACUGCAAGCAGCUGUGAUACAGAAUUUACAAAGGAGGAUGAGCAGCGGCUGAAGGAUUAUAUCCAGCAGUUGAAAAAUGACAGGGCGGCAGUGAAGCUGACAAUGCUGGAGCUGGAAAGCAUCCACAUUGAUCCCCUUAGCUAUGAUGUUAAACCUCGUGGAGACAGCCAGAGGCUAGACCUGGAAAAUGCAGUCUUGAUGCAGGAACUUAUGGCAAUGAAGGAGGAGAUGGCAGAGCUCAAGGCACAGCUUUACCUGCUAGAGAAGGAGAAGAAGGCAUUGGAAUUGAAACUGAGCACUCGAGAAGCCCAGGAGCAGGCCUACCUCGUCCACAUUGAGCAUUUGAAGUCUGAAGUGGAAGAGCAAAAAGAGCAGAGAAUGAGGUCUCUCAGCUCAACCAGCAGUGGAAGCAAAGAUAAACUGGGCAAGGAGUGCAGCGAUGGCACAGCAGCACCACCACUAACACUGGCUGAACUAAGGCCGUACAGCGAGAGCGAACUGGCAGCCGAGCUAACCAACGCACUUCGGCGGGAGAAGAAACUAAAAGCUAGAGUGCAAGAGUUAGUAAGUGCUUUGGAAAGACUCACGAAGAGCAGUGAAAUCAGACAUCAGCAGUCUGCAGAAUUUGUUAAUGACCUUAAAAGGGCGAACAGCAACUUGGUAGCAGCAUACGAAAAAACAAAGAAGAAGCAUCAAAACAAGCUGAAGAAACUGGAAUCGCAAAUGAUGGCUAUGGUAGAGAGACAUGAAACACAAGUAAGGAUGCUGAAACAAAGAAUAGCUCUACUAGAAGAAGAGAACUCCAGACCACACACCAAUGAAACUUCACUUUAAAUGCAUCUCUUUCAAAGAUGCUUAGUGCCAUUACAAAUUUCUUUCUUUUGGAGGCUGUCUUUUAGGUAGCUUCUAAUGCUAAAAGCUCUGUUAAUGCUGACACACUUAAGCACCUUCUCUGGGAUUCCACAGAGGUGUCAUGGGGAUAAUGUAAGUGUUAACCUUAAGGACUGUUUCGUAACAUAAAAUGGCAGUGCCUGAAUUAUCAUGCUAUAAUUAUGUAUGUUGUCUAUGUCACUAUGUCUGUAUUCCUACAGCUUCUCUUCCAUUUUGUGUAUGUCCCAUUGGUGACAGUGUCACAUAGCAAAAUAAUUAAUGUUAAGAAGUUUUAAUUUGGGCAGUUUGGAGAUAAUCUGAGUGCAUUCCCUAUCCUUGAGCUCCCUCUGCAUGUAACUCUGUACUGUACCCUCAAGACUUGCUGCUGCAGUUAAAUCAACUAAAUAGGCAGCUACAGAGUGGGGAUAGGCUGGCUUGCUUUGUUUGCACUGAGCUUGUAGUAGUACUGUUGCUCACAGUGCAGAUCAGGUGGGUAAAGUCCUGUAGAUGUGGAAAAAAGAAACAAACAUGAAGAAACCCCAGUUGAAUCUCUGAAAACUACAAUAAUGGUGUAUUUCUUACCGUUUUUAAGAGGGCUGUGAGUUUCACCUUGACAGAUAGGUAAGUCUGUGCCAAGGUUGGGUAGGAAACUAUAGGAGAUCUCCUGGUAUUUAUAUUGCAUGGUGUUUGCAAUUAUUUUGUGAAACAGUUGGUUUUUCUUGUUAAUACAUAAUAGCCAAAGUUUUUUUUAAGAAGCUGGGUCAUUUUUGUCACGUAUAUAGUGCUUAUUACAGCUUUUCUGUGAUCAAGAGCUAGAAUGUCUUUUUAUACUUGUUUUGACCAAAAUAGGUACUUAUUAGGAAUGUACCUGUUUAAUAUUGAAUAUGUAGGCACAAAACUAUAAACGUGUAGGUGUAUGGAUAUACAGUCACGAACAGAAUGUGAAGUCUUCAUACAGCUGCUUUGGUUAGCUUUUCAUUACUGCUAACAUUCUCUUCUUUUGUUCAAGUCAGAUCAUGUUACUGUUAUCAAACUGACUGCAUGGACAGUGUUGGCCUAUUACAGAAAUGAACUUUUGAGGGAAUCUCAUUUCAGGAGUUGUUUAUCUUUUUUGCUUUACAUGCUGAGUUGCACUUCAAGUUUUAUUCGUAUUUAGAAUUAUGGUAAUUCCCCUCCUUUAUUCCUCUGAUUUUUAGUACUACAGAAGUAUUUUUAGGGGACUUCAACCAUGUUUGUCUGCUUUUAGGUUAGGCCAGGCAGCCAAGACAGGGGAAAUUUGUGCUCAGAAUAUGGGAUUAUUGUUAAGUUUUGGCUACAUCUGAAACUGCAGCAGCUGCUGUUCAUGACAUCUUAUUACUGUAGCUACUGUUUUCUUCUUUUCUUAGGAUAGUGAUUCCUACUUCUCUAGAGUUAGAUAUGUCAGCUACAAAGGCAACAUCAUUCAUGGUAAAAUUGCAAUAGCCAGUUAAAACAAUGCUGAUUUCAAAAUCAAGUUUAAGUAGCGAUGCCCCAAGAUUGGUUUUGACCAGUCCUCUUUCUCAAAGGUAACCGCACUUCUUAAUUUCUAAUGCAAAUGGAACUGUUGGAAAACCCAUCUCUUGAAGAAGAAGGCAUGUUGAAUUCUUACUGUCUUAACGGUUUUGCAAAGUGUCUGUGGUGUUUCUUUUUUGGCUGACAAGUUUCUCACCAACAGGAAUGUGAGGUUUUGUCAUAAGCUUCAGUGGAAACACACUUGUUUCUGAAAAAAACCACACAAUUAUCCCACAUGUCCUGUGGAAAAAAAAGCAGUUACAGUUUUGUCUUUUUACGUCUGAAACACCCACAUCACUUGAGGUCAUCUCAGACUGUCCAAUGUGAAAUACGUUCCUCUUAAGAUGACUAGGAAUUCCUGCUGCACUCAAUUUCGUCUUGGGCUCAAGUUCUUUCUGUUUCUUGGUGGCUUAAAGAAGCUGUUAAAACAGUGAAGCUUAAAACAUUUUAAUUGGAACACUAUCUUGAAAGAAAAGAUACAAAUUAUGGAAAUGUAUAAUUCAGCCAAGGCAGAAAAGCCUGCAGUGUCCCUCAACGUCCUUUUCAGGCCUAAUGCUUUGCUGGUUCUGCACAAACUGAACAUUGCUUUACUACAUUUAAUGCAUCUACCCCCUGCCAACUGUGCUGGAACAAUGUUUUAAAUAAAUUAUAAAUCAUUAGUAAAUGUAAGCCACUCCUCCUUCCUUCCCCUGGGGCUUAUAAAUGAAAAAGUAAGACUGGUAAUCACACAGCCUCAGCAAUAGUGGUUUGUCAGGCCACCAGUUGUUUUGCCUAAGCUGCUGCUUCAUGUGUUGGGGUACUGAAAGGCACCAGUAGGAAGUGGUGAAAGGUUUACUGUUACUGUGAAAACUCUUUAUAGUAUAAGCAAUUAGCUGCAGUUGCAGCAUUACCUGUCAAAAUAGCAUCAACCCCGAGGAUAAAUGCUAAAAACCUAACUCAUUUCACACAUCUGUUUGAAGUACCACCAGCACACCAACCUACAGCCAAGUGUGCAACUCCCAGCACAGCAGCCUGUCUCACUUCACAGUUACUGCAGAAAUAAUACAUUUGCAAAGCAAGAAUAGGUGGUUCUCACCAACAGAACCCAAGUUUUUCACUCAUUAAUUAAUCUUAGGGUGGUUUUUUUAAUUUUCUAAGUCACCAGGGUGCAUGAAAAUUUCUAUUUCACAGUGUGUUAUGAAAAGUACUUUUUUUUUCCCCCCUAAUAAAAUGUAUAACUUCACCAGCUUGAAUGUACUGUUAGCUAUUGCAAAGCACAUGUGACUUAAGUUGGCAUUGUCAGUAUUGUUCUACUGGUUUUAUUAGGAUUUUCUCCUCCUUUAAUACUGUACCAUGCAAUUGUAAUUUUAGAAACUUUUCACCUUAUUGGAUUAGCUUUACGUGUGUUGCUGCUUUUUAGUUUCCUAGCUGCUGUAAAAUAGCUAUUUUGUGUUUGAUAUAGAAUUGUAAAAACUGCAUUUAUUUAUACA